AUGGCAAAUUCGUCUCAGAGGGCGCUGAGUUCAAGGAAGAAGGUUGUUCUGGAACCAGGUUGUUCACCCUUGGAUUGGGCAAGGCUGACUUCAUCUGGGGAAAACCUUCGAGGCAUACAACCACAAGAUUUCCCCAUGAAAGUUGAUAAGAAGACGUUGAGCUUGCACAACAACAGACAGGACUGUUGGACAGUGUUGAAAGGCCGUGUCUAUAACAUAACAUCCUAUUUGCGAUUCCACCCUGGUGGUAUUGAGGAAAUUAUGAAGUGCGCAGGGAAAGAUGGAACGUUGCUGUUUAUGAAAUACCACGCUUGGGUCAACUACGAAAGAAUGUUGGAAAACUGCUUAGUUGGAGUGUACAUAGGAUAG